AUGGGUCCUAAAUUUACUUGGUGCAAUAACAAAUCCGGUGGAGCUCGUAUUCUAGAGAAGUUGGAUAGAUGCCUUAUCAAUUCCACUGCUUUGAAUUCUAUCCAUCUUGCAAUGGUGAAGCAUUUAUCCUGUAUUGCAUCGGACCAUUGUCCUGUAUUAUUGGAAAUUUUCAAACCUGAGAUGGCUAACAUCAAAGAGAUCCGGUAUGAAGAAGUUUGGGCUACUUACCAUGGAGCAGAGGCGAUUGUGCAGAAUUCUUGGAGAAAAUAUGUUGGGAUUGAUCCGUCUUUUUCUCUUAAUGUUAAAUUUAAAAGAACCUUGAGAACUCUCUUCUUCUGGAGCAAUGCUAAGUUCAAGGACCUAAUGGCUCUUCGGGACAGGCUUAAGGAGGAAAUACAGGUUAUUCAAAUAGAAGAGGCUGAAGUAGAGAUCUCUUUUGAAAAGAUGCAGAUUUUAAGAUUCAAAAUUAAUGAGCUCAAUGUAACUCUUGCACGGCUUAAUACCUGGUUGAAGCAAAGAGCUAAAGCAAGAUGGAUGGAAGAAGGUGAUUGCAAUUCUGGUUUUUUUCAUGCAUUUGAUAAUGCAAGGAAAAAUAUCAACUGGAUUAGUCAUAUUAAGACUACUAAUGGAAAUAUUAUGGAGGAUCACAGACAAUGUAUGCUGGGUGGCUGGCCUAAGCCUUCGGCAAUCUUUAAUGAAGCUGAUCGAGCUGUUCUGGAAGAAGAGUUCACAAGGGAGAAGAUUCAGGUUAUUAUUGAGAAAUCUGGUAGUAAUAUUGCUCCAGAUUGGAGAAGGUUAUCCACAAAAUCAUUUCGGUGGACCAAGCUGCUUUUAUCAAAGGGCGUUCCUUGUCUGAUCAUGUUCUAUUGGCAUAAGAGGUCUUCAAUAAAUUCUGGUAUUCUAAAGAAAGGAAAGGACUUUUGGCAAUCAAGCUUGACAUGGAACAAGCUUAUGAUAGUAUGGGUUGGCAAGCUUUGA